CACGCAUAACAAUUCCAAUUCAAAUCCUUUCAGAAGAUUUUGUUACGAGAAGAAUGAGCUAAUAGUUAGUUGUACAAUAUUUAAUUCUUUAAUACCAAUCGUAUACACACUACUUACUGCUGGAUUGUAUUCAUGGAAACCAAAUUGAUAUGCCCAGACCCACAACACACCUUCCCCCAAUGUAUUCAGCUCCUGAUGGACAUAAUGGUGCUUCCCCGAUUGAUAGUUCUAAAGACAAUUCCUCUAUAGGGGGGAAAAGUGCGAAAAUUGGGCAAGUGAUUCACCAUUGCUUUUACAAGACAGGAUUAGUAAUAUUGGAAUCACGACUUAAUAUAGCUGGGAGCAACUCAUCUCGAGAAGGAACCAAAAGGAAUAAAUGGUUUAAUUUAGAGGUUAAUGAAACAGAUGUGUAUGCAGACCAGUUCAAAUUAUGGAAGUCGAUUGAUAUGACUGUGGAGCGAAAGAUUCCUCCGAUGGUAUUACAUACAUACUUGGAUAUGUCGGACUUGUCUAGGAAUCAAAAACUAUCUUUGUUUGAUGGAAAACAGCAUCAUGUCAUCGAUUUAAAGCGUUCUAAUGCUUCAAAAAUUGUCCUAGAACGUUGGGUUAUAUCGUUAGAUGGCGGGAGUUCUUCGACUUCCGUUGAAAUGGCUGUAUUAUACAAAAAACUAGUUGUCCUCUUCCGUUCUUUAUAUACCUAUACUCAUAUAAUGCCUUUAUGGAAGCUUAAAAGUCGUAUUAAUAGACUUCGAGCUCACAAUGCUUCUUUAAAAGUCGGGUGUACUCUUUCAUCAGAUAACUUGCUUCACGAUGAUUUUAUUCCUAUUAAUGCAGUCCUUUCCCCUACUUUAGGAAACAGCAUUGCUGCUUAUUCGUUCAGUCCUGUAAACACUCCUAUGGGAAAUUUUCGUAUCUCAGUACAAUAUCGGAAAGACUGCAACUUUCAGUUCCAUGAUCCUGAUGCUAUGCUAUCCAAUCAACUUCUUUCUGCUGAUUCGCCCAACACUGAGUAUCGUAUUGAUAGAAAUCAGUCGGCUACAGAUGGUGGAAAUCAUUAUUUGCAUCCUCACGCGUCUUCGUUAGUUCGGCGACAAUCAAACUUGAAUGAUCCGAAUUUACUUUUGGAAUCUGAGAUUCAACAGCUUGCUAGUGUUGAGUCAAUAACUGCUCAUGCUGCCCCCCUUGUUUCUAUACAUCCUUUUAAAUCCCCUUCGCUUUCUGCCUCUCCGGGAUCUAAUUUGGAUACAAUGUCCAUAUCCCCAAAAGUUGCAGUUAAUCGAUAUAUCCAUCGUGGACCUUCCUGCUCUUCAUUAAACAGGGUUUCCGUUAUUUCAGAAAGUUUAAGUAAAUCCCGGCCGAAAAUGCCUACUCUUCCUAGUUCUGGGAGUACCGGUCUAAGUGGCAACGAUAUUCAUAAUCACCCGAUGCUUCGGCGCUUCAGCAGUAGUUUUGUUCCAAAGGAGCGAAGAGGAAGCACCAGUUCGAGAGCUCGACUGCAGUUGGCUGCUAAUCAGCCUAUUCGUAGUGUUCAAAGGCACGAUAGCUACGAAAAUACUGGUGUAGAUCGAAGCGGCCAAGUCGCUGAUGAGACUGAAUAUGCACCACGAGAUGAUUUGAGCGGAUUCAUACAGCUAUUAGAUAAUCAUGCUCAACAUCUGCAACACUACGGAGAAAGUAAGUCAGAAUCUUCUUCUUUAGGAAAGCCGGAAGAUCCGAUUCUGAAUGAAUCUUCCCAUAUAGGACCACGUAAUAUCUCCGAAAGUAGUAACGACCUUUUCGGGUUCGGAUCUUUUACACCAAAUCGGAAUACUGCGAUUACACACGAAAAAGCCUCGGCUCCAAGAGAAGAUUUAGCGAAUUCAAAUCCCCAUAUAUUGCAUGACCAUACUUUAAGUGCCUUAUGCUCAAGACUCUCUUUCUCUGAAAAGCCAGCCGAUUCAAUUAGCUUGUCCCCAUUGUCUCCUGCAUGUGUGCCUCAAGAGCCUACCAGAGGGAAUGCUCCAGCUUCGCUUCCGAUUUCUUUUAAUAAAUGCCAGAAAAAUCCGGUAGCGCCUGCUACUUAUCCGAUAGUCGAAAAGCGAGAGACAAAUAGAAGUACUUCUUCUUUGGUUCCUCCGCGUUUCGAAUAUAAGACAAGUCUGUCAAAAUCUCUGGACCACUCUCUGACGUCUGCAAGCUAUCAAGCUACGAAGACUCCCGCACCUUCGUUUGUGCUUGACUCAAAUCUUUCUCAGCAGUAUCCGAACCAACAUUAUGAUUCCAUGGCUGAAGAUCAUCAUUGUCUUGCCCCUUCCACUCCUGCUUUUGAAUAUUUUAAUGAACAUAAUGCGAAUUAUGAUGAUGACCUACUCUUUGCGAUGACCGACAUGGCUUUAGAAACGCACCCUACAACUUCGGUACGGAUCAAAAGAUAAUAAAGGAAUAAUGAAGUGAUUUUUAAGGCCAUAGCGUCUCGUUACAUGGAUUUUAUUAAUUUUGAAUAUCCUUGUUUUACGUUUUCCUCAAAUUAGAGCUUUUUGAGAGAGUAAUUAAUGAAGUAAAAUUUUAGAAAUAAACAUACGCCUCGUAACGUUCAAUACUUUGCACUAUAAUGCUCUAAUAAAAAU